UAAGCGGGGCUUACGGCACGCCGCGCGCCGGGCGGAUGUCCGGGCCGGCUGGGCCGGGGCCGCGGGCGUGAUGGCGGAAGGUGGAGGCUGUCGUGAGCGACCGGAUGCGGAGACUCAGAAGUCUGAGCUCGGGGCCUUGAUGAGGACAACGCUCCAACGGGGAGCGCAGUGGUAUCUUAUUGACAGCCGAUGGUUCAAGCAGUGGAAGAAGUAUGUGGGCUUUGACAGCUGGGAUGUGUACAAUGUGGGUGAACAUAACCUGUUUCCUGGCCCUAUAGACAACUCUGGACUCUUUUCAGAUCCUGAGAGUCAGACCUUAAAGGAACACUUAAUUGAUGAACUAGACUAUGUAUUGGUCCCAGCCGAGGCCUGGAAUAAAUUACUAAACUGGUAUGGCUGUGUAGAAGGCCAGCAGCCCAUUGUCAGAAAAGUUGUGGAGCAUGGCCUGUUUGUCAAACACUGCAAAGUGGAGGUAUAUUUGCUGGAAUUGAAGCUCUGUGAGAACAGUGACCCCACCAAUGUGCUGAGUUGCCAUUUUAGUAAAGCAGACACCAUUGCAACCAUCGAGAAGGAGAUGAGGAAGCUAUUUAACAUCCCUGCGGACCGUGAAACACGGCUCUGGAACAAAUACAUGAGCAACACCUACGAGCAGUUGAGCAAACUAGACAACACUGUACAGGAUGCUGGGUUAUACCAGGGUCAGGUGCUAGUCAUUGAGCCUCAAAAUGAAGAUGGCACAUGGCCCAGGCAGACCCUGCAGUCAAAAUCAAGCACUGUGCCUAGCAGAAAUUUUACUACCUCUCCAAAAUCAUCAGCAAGUCCCUAUUCCUCUGUGUCUGCCUCUCCCAUUGCAAAUGGUGAUAGCACUAACACCUCUGGGAUGCACAGUUCCGGUGUCAGCAGGGGUGGAUCUGGCUUCUCUGCUUCGUAUAACUGUCAAGAGCCCCCAUCAUCUCAUAUACAGCCUGGGCUCUGUGGACUUGGAAACCUGGGGAACACCUGUUUCAUGAACUCUGCUUUGCAGUGCCUUAGCAAUACAGCACCACUGACUGACUACUUUCUCAAAGAUGAGUAUGAGGCUGAAAUUAACAGAGACAACCCUCUGGGGAUGAAGGGGGAGAUUGCGGAGGCCUAUGCUGAGCUCAUAAAGCAGAUGUGGUCUGGAAGAGACACUCAUGUGGCACCUCGUAUGUUCAAGACCCAAGUGGGACGUUUUGCCCCUCAGUUUUCUGGCUACCAGCAACAAGAUUCUCAGGAGCUAUUAGCCUUUCUUUUAGAUGGAUUGCAUGAAGAUCUGAACCGAGUAAAGAAAAAGCCCUACCUAGAGCUGAAGGAUGCCAAUGGGCGGCCUGAUGCGGUGGUGGCAAAGGAAGCCUGGGAGAAUCACAGAUUGAGGAAUGAUUCUGUGAUUGUGGAUACUUUUCAUGGCCUCUUUAAAUCUACCUUGGUUUGUCCAGAAUGUGCUAAGGUUUCUGUGACCUUUGAUCCAUUUUGCUAUCUUACCCUCCCACUGCCUUUGAAGAAAGAUCGAGUUAUGGAGGUCUUCCUGGUUCCUGCUGAUCCUCACUGCAGACCUACCCAGAUGGUGGUCACAGAUGUGUAUAAUCACCGGUUCCAUAAAAUUUUCCAAAUGGAUGAAGGUUUAAACCACAUUAUGCCUCGGGAUGACAUUUUCGUGUACGAGGUUUGCAGUACUUCCAUGGAUGGAGCAGAAUGUGUCACACUUCCAGUCUACUUCAGGGAGAGGAAGUCAAGGGCAUCGAGCACUUCUUCCGGGGCAGUGUUGUAUGGGCAGCCACUGCUGAUUUCUGUCCCCAAGCACAAGUUAACCCUCCAGUCUUUGUACCAGAUUGUUUGUGAUCGUAUCAGCCGGUAUAUGAAACAGCCUUUGCCUGAUGAGUCUGGUGGCUCACCCUUGGAACCAGGGGCCUAUAAUGGCUCCAGGGGUAGUUGUGAAGGAGAAGAUGAAGAAGAAAUGGAGCAUCAGGAAGAUGGUAAAGAGCAGCUUUCAGAAGCAGAAGGCAGUGGAGAAGAUGAGCCAGGAAGUGACCCCCGUGAAACCACCCAGAAAAGUGUCAAAGGCCAGCCCUGCCCAAAAAGUCUUUUUACCUUCAGUCUUGUGAACUCCUAUGGGACAGCUGACAUAAAUUCACUUCCAACUGAUGGAAAACUACUUAAACUCAACUGUAAAGGGAAGCAGAUGUCCUUCUACUCUGUCCACUCUGCAGAUCUUUGCUCUGGGUUGAAGUCCUGUGGCUGUCUGUUGAUCUAUGAGAAGCAUGUGAGCAUGUUACAGCCUCAAAAGAAGAAGAAGACCACAGUGGCCUUGAGGGAUUGCAUCGAGCUCUUCACCACUAUGGAGACCCUUGGGGAGCAUGACCCCUGGUAUUGUCCCAACUGUAAGAAGCAUCAGCAGGCCACAAAAAAGUUUGACCUAUGGUCCUUGCCCAAGAUCCUGGUGGUCCACCUCAAACGUUUCUCUUACAACAGAUACUGGAGGGAUAAGCUUGACACAGUUGUGGAAUUCCCAGUCAGGUGGGUUCCUGUGACUGCAGUGUUAGGAAAACUGGACUGUAACUGCUGGACUGUUUUCUUUGUUGACUUGACAGAUACUGCAUACGCAAAGAACAAACUGAAUGGGAAAUGGUAUUACUUUGAUGAUAGCAGUGUGUCCCUGGCCUCUGAGGAUCAGAUAGUGACAAAAGCAGCUUAUGUGCUAUUUUACCAGCGUCGAGAUGAUGAUUCUUAUAAGAUGCCUUCGCUCAGCAGUUUUCCUGGUUCCUCUGAUGGAGGGUCGAGACCAAGCAGUUCACAGCAGGGCUUGGGGGAUGAUGAGGCUUGUAGCAUGGACACCAACUGACAUUGACUUGGCCACCCUGCGGCACCAGUGCAGUCCCCUAGGAGGACAUCUUUCACAUUCUGAGAACUGCUAGUGUUCAGUCUAAAUAGCAGAUAAGGAAAUUCCCUUCUUUUAUGAGCAGAAGGAAAAAAAAAAGACCCUGUUUGCUUGGAAGGGUUAUGUCAAGAGGCUGAAUUAUUUUUCUUUUUAAACAGGUGGUGAGAAAUUUCUGUAAAACCUGUGAAGCUGAAAAGUGGGGUAGGGUAUGGGUAGUAUGUCUGAUGGAUUCCAAAGAAUGGAGAGGAACACAUUAAGUGUGGUGCAGCUGUGAAGAGCCCACACAGGGCUGCCUGAGCUCUUGGAUUUCUGGUUCUGGUGCUGAUACUGCUCCCCAAGUAGUCUGCCCACAGUAAACCAAGUCACAAGUAAACUUGGUUUUGUCCCCCUUUCCCUUGUGUGUACUGAGAUGGGUUUAUAAUUUUUUAAAAAGUAGCCACUGAAGCCCAUUUCUAUUUCUCCUUUGAGUCAUGGAAUGUCUAGCUUUCAUCCCCCGAAUGAAGAUAUUUAGUGUUGGGGUCUCCUGUCCUUCAACUUCCUGUGGAACCUAGAAGUUAUGUUGUGUCUCCCACUGUCCUUGAUGAAUUGAGACAGACAUUGUGUGGAACUUUUAUUAUCAGAAACAUACUAGGUAUUAGAAGUCUGUACAGAAAACUGCUGGGUACUGUAUCUUAACCAGUCAUUUCUCUCCAUGUUGGCUGGAGAACAGGAACCUUUGUGGGAGAUGUCAGGCCUGGAAGGGGCUCUGGCUCAUGUGGUUUGGAGUGAUAAUGUAUGGUGUGAUCCAGAUGCCCUCCCUUCUGGUUCUCUCUUCACUCCCCGCAUCUGUCCAGGCCCCACCCCUACUUUGCUCCGGCCUCUGCCCCCGCCCCUGCCCCCGCCCGGUCUGUCUGGCCUCAGGCCUCGGGUGAGGCGGAGCUUGAGGGGCGGAGCUUGAGGUCGCGUGCCCUCGCAGCCACGUGGGUGUGGGACUGAAGAACUUGGUCCUGUAGGCUUUUUGUCUUGACCUUUAACCUAACCCGCGGGGGUUGUGGCCGCUGGUCUCAGAGCACGUGCGAUCUAUGCGCGUGCAGUGACCGUUGGCGGGGGUGACAGUGUCGCUAUUUCUCGGUGAGGAGGAUAUGGCUGGGGCCUCUAACUGCGGGUGGCUUGAGUGCCGGGUAUGAGUGCCGUACUACCAAUGCAGGGAUGCAGUGGGGAAGGGGCCACACAGCCAGGCAUCCGGAGGCAGGUGGUCCUGGGGCUCCUGCCAAAUCUCCCUAAGAACUUUGGGUAACACCCAAACAGCGUGGGAGGGUGAGGGGGGGGGAGUGUCCUGAUCUAGUAUAGAUGGAGGAUACACUAUACUAUACACUAUAGUGUAUAUGGUGGAUACUAUUCCUCCUCAAGGAAAUGGUGACAAGCACUCCACUCCCCAUUUAGGGGUAAUUUACAACCUCAUUUGUAAAAUUGUGCUUGCUCUGUGCAUUUCCAGUGUAUUAUAUAAAGACAUGGUCACUUUUAGGGGAAAUGUCCGAAAAACUAAGAAGAUGCAGAAAGGAGUUGGCUGCAGCCAUUGACCGGGCAUUUGAAGGAGUCAGUCAUUCCCAAGAGUGCACAAACCAGCAGAGACUGGAGCUGGACACUGCUCCAUUUUCCUUCUCGCUGCCCAUGCACAGACUUCUCUGCAGAAGACAUCCAUCGGCAGCCUGCUCUUCUGCUGCUCCUUUUGCAGCUGUCCCAUGUCCUCUUGAUAAUGAGAACCUUGCCUUUGCAUCAAACCCUGUCCCAGUAAAUGCAAAACCACAUGUUUUAUGCCCCAAAAGAAAACCUCUGAGCAGCAAAGAAAAUGUACUGAUCCAUUCCUCCAUUUUGGCACCUGAAAGACAGUUUUGGAGAGCUGCAGGAGAUGGGGAAAACUGGAGAAAAGAAAGUUUAAGGAAAGAUAUGGAAAGAGAUUUGAAGGUUGACUCAAACAUGCCACUCAACAGUUCUAGCCAAGAGGUCACAAAGGAUCUGCUUGACAUGAUUGACCACACAAGUAUCCGAACUAUUGAAGAAUUAGCUGGAAAAUUAGAAUUUGAAAAUGAGCUGAACCGUGCUUGUGGUCGCUGCCAAGAUUCACCCUUCAAGGAAGAAGCCUGGGCUUUGCUUAUGGAUGAGAGCCCCCAGAAGGCAUUGGAUGCUGACCCUGGUAGUCUGAAGCAGGCUUUUGAUGAUAAUAAUAUAGUUGAGACAGUUCUGGACUUGGAAGAGGACUAUAAUUUGAUGACCUCUUUUAAAUACCACAUGGAUUAAGGACUGUUGUUCUUAGCUGUGAUACUUUACAGCAGGAGGCUGCCAUCAAGGAGCCUGAGCAGAAGCAGCCACGGUCGUUGUCAGGGGCCGCAUUUUUCAAAGGGUUGGCAAAACCUGAAUUAUCACACCUUUUUAAAAUUCCCAGUUGUGUCCCUUUUUGAGCUGAGAGCUUGGUUUUUGAAUUCUGUUGCUUUAAUAUAUUUCCUGUUAUUGACUUUGACUUUUCUUGAUACCUUGAAUAUAUUUUUUAAAUUGAUGUUCAGUAUUUCCAGUACCCAAGCUAGGUGUGGGAUGUGGG